UGUAACGUGAUGUGGGCGGGGCUUCGUCAGCACGCACCAAGAUGGCGGCAGCCACUGUUCUCAGCUUGGACAGUUUACCGUCCGACCCUUUGCUAUUAAUUCUGUCGUUUCUUGACUUCAGAGAUUUGGUCAGUUGCAGUCUUGUAAGUCGGCGCCUGACUGAGCUGACGGGUCAUAACCCUUUAUGGAAGAGGCUUUGCCAGAAGCACUGGCUUCUCACAGAAGCCGAUAAGGGACAGAGAGGGCAGAGCUGGCGGGAAUUGUUCCAUGACUUUUACGUUGACUUUGGUCGCUACAUAGAUUACUACAGCACACUGAAGAAAGCCUGGGAUGACCUGAAGUCCUACCUGGGCCAAAAAUGCCCACGAAUGAUUGCCUCCCUCAAAGAGGGCGCAAAAGAGGACGAACUGGAUGCGAUUGAAGCCCAGAUUGGCUGCAAGCUUCCCAAUGACUACCGCUGUUCCUACAGGAUACAUAAUGGACAGAAAUUGGUGGUGCCUGGGUUGAUGGGCAGCAUGUCGUUGUCCAAUCACUAUCGCUCAGAGGACCUGUUGGACAUUGAGACGGCAGCGGGGGGAUUCCAGCAGAGGAAGGGCAUGAAGCAGUGUCUCCCCCUUACCUUCUGCUUUCACACAGGACUGAGCCAGUACAUGGCCUUAGAAAGCACAGAGGGACGCACACGCAGCGAGAUCUUCUACCAUUGUCCGGAUCAACUUGCACAAGAUCCAUCUGCUAUUGAUAUGUUCAUCACAGGGUCCAGCUUUACUGAAUGGUUUACCUCAUACGUUCAGAAUGUGGUGACUGGAGAAUACCCCAUCAUCCGGGACCAGAUAUUCAGGUACGUCCAUGAUAAGAAGUGUGUGGCCACCACUGAUAACAUAACCGUCUCAGUCUCCACCUCUUUCCUACCUGAGCUCAGCUCUGUCCACCCGCCACACUUCUUCUUCACAUACAGAAUCAGGAUUGAGAUGGCAAAGUCAGCACUGCCAGAGAGUGCAUGCCAGUUGGAUAGUCGCUACUGGAAAAUCACCAAUGCGAAUGGGAAUGUGGAGGAGGUCCGAGGUCCUGGUGUUGUGGGGGAGUUCCCAGUGAUGACCCCUGGUAAAGUGCACGAGUACGCCAGCUGCACAACAUUCUCCACCACCUCUGAGUACAUGGAGGGCCACUACACCUUUCAUAGGCUCAAAAACAAAGGGGAAGUCUUUGACGUCUCCAUCCCAAGAUUCCACAUGGUGUGCCCGCCCUUCCGUGAGUCCAUGGCGCGCUCGAGCUCUGUGAGAGAGCUGCCCAUUGCUGUCUUCAACAAUGAUAAUGAUUCAGACACAGAUAACUAUGAGGAUGAGCAUGGUAUAAACAUGGCCAAUCCUGGAGGGCGCUGUCCUCGUCACAUCUGACACACAAAUAUUCUCUCUUAAGCACGCGCACACAAACACACACACACACACACACACACACACACACACACACACACACACACACGCAUGCAUGCAUCAGUCCAAGGGCAACGGAGAGCAAUGCUUAGACAAUUGUGUACUAUACAAAGGCUUUGUGUCUGUCCUGCCGUGAACCUAACUCCCCUCUUGACACACACACACACACACACACACAGUAACUUAGUGUUUUUAUAUGCCUUCAGUACUAGUAUCAUCCAAGAACUUUACACUGAAAAUACAGAGCCUGCUUUUCAUAAAUGCUCAGUCCAGGGAUCUCGCAGUAUAAUAUUCUGUCAGAGGUGUUGUUUUAAGCAUGUAAAAUUCUUGAUCAGAUCAAAAUUGUCAAAAUAAAUUGGAUGAUUGUGUGUUAUGUCAGUGAAUCAGAUGGUAGUAGGGGACAGCUACCAUCAGUGAGAGUCAAUCAGUCGAAAUUAACCAGUGACUGCACACUGACCGACCUGACAGUCCUAACCAGACACAUCUCCACACCACCACCAAAAUUCUGUAUUUGAUUCUCUUUGGCUAGUUCAGCUGGACAUGCUGACCCUCGGACCAGUAAGUGUGUGGGAGGAACUGUGAAACUGUCUAAACUCUGACUCAUUUACUUUUCAAGGAAGUUUGCUAAAUUAGAGCCAGCCAACACACACACACGCACACACACGCACACACACGCACAAUUAAACUGGACUAGACUUUUUGUAUAUAGGACUUUUCUGUAUAUGCAUUUAGCCUUGAAUAUUUACACAUUGGAAACGAGACUUUUUUUCUCUUAUUUCCCACACACACACACACACCAUUUGUUGAACCAUCUCUAAGGGAAGACAACACUAGUUAUUUCACCUAAAGCAUUAUAAGAUUCUGAUUAUUGCUAGUAAUAAAAUUUAAAUUUAUUCUACUUUUUGUUGUAAAAUUUUGGACUGCAAUAGGGUUCAGUACACUCUUAUUUGUAAAUGUGUGCUUUUUUAUGUUUGAGUAAAUAAAGAGAAAACUAUGAACAUUA